AUUUUGUGUAGAGAACACGUAGCGACUCCGAAGAUCAGCCCCAAUGAACAUGUCAGUGUUGACUUUACAAGAAUAUGAAUUCGAAAAGCAGUUCAACGAGAAUGAAGCCAUUCAAUGGAUGCAGGAAAACUGCACCAGUGAACAAGUUAGAAGAUUGGAGAAAAUUGGCAUCUAAUCUCCCACCACCACCCACCCAUAAACUUCAAGGAGGCCUCCGGAAAGCCACCGAGGAGGCAAAAUUAAGAUACUGAAGAAAUCUUUCCUGUUUUCUGCUCUGUAUGCUGCCUUUAUCUUUGGUGGUCGGCACCUAAUGAACAAACGGGCGAAGUUUGAACUGAGGAAGCCUUUAGUGCUCUGGUCUCUGACUCUCGCAGUCUUCAGUAUAUUUGGUGCUCUUCGAACUGGUGCUUAUAUGGUGUACAUUUUGAUGACCAAAGGCCUGAAGCAGUCAGUUUGUGACCAGAGUUUUUACAAUGGACCUGUCAGCAAAUUCUGGGCUUAUGCAUUUGUGCUAAGCAAAGCACCCGAACUAGGAGAUACAAUAUUCAUUAUUCUGAGGAAGCAGAAGCUGAUCUUUCUGCACUGGUACCACCACAUCACUGUGCUCCUGUACUCCUGGUACUCCUACAAGGACAUGGUUGCCGGGGGUGGUUGGUUCAUGACUAUGAACUAUGGCGUGCACGCCGUGAUGUACUCUUACUAUGCCUUGCGAGCAGCGGGUUUCCGAGUCUCCCGGAAGUUUGCCAUGUUCAUCACCUUGUCCCAGAUCACUCAGAUGUUGAUGGGCUGUGUCAUUAACUACCUGGUGUUCUACUGGAUGCAGCAUGACCAGUGUCACUCUCACUUUCAGAACAUCUUCUGGUCCUCACUCAUGUACCUCAGCUACCUUGUGCUCUUCUGCCACUUCUUUUUUGAGGCCUACAUCGGCAAGAUGAGGAAAACCACGAAGGCUGAAUAGUGUUGGAACUGAGAAGGAAGCCAUAGCUCAGGGUCAUCAAGAAAAAUAAUAGACAAAAGAAAAUGGCACAAGGAAUCACAUAUGGUGCAGCUAAAACAAAACAAAACACAAGAGCAAACAAAACCCGAGGCAGCUUAGGGAUAAUUAGGUUGACUUAACCCAGUAAGUUUAUGAUCCUUUUUGGGUGAGAACUCACUGAGUGCACCCUUAUCCAACAGGACCGCUGCUAGAAGACCCUAUUCCCUCUUUAUCUGUCAACUUUAGGACAAAUGAGAGCAAAAGUGAGCCAGAGGCAGAGAGAGAGAGAAAUAGAACACAAACAAAGGCUAUUAACACUGUAUGAAAAGUAUUUACUAAGUGUUAUAUUUCUCUACGGAUGAAAGAAGUUUACUUAAACUGUGCAAGCACAUGCUCACACAAUCCUUUCGAAUCUUUUUGACACUAAACUGGAGCCAAUAGAAUAGAUAAAAAUGGAAGAGACACAGGGUGUAUAUCUAGAACAUUGAUGCUUUUGCAAAAAUUAAAGCCUUUUAAGAAAGUUUAGUUAGUUGUGGCCCCCAUGAGAAAAGAUGUCUUAAUCACCUCUUAUGAAAAUGGAUAUAAACAACUACAUUUCAACUAAGAAAGACUGGUGUUUUUCCCUUCACAAUACAGCCUCAGGCUAAUAAGUUUGCCAAAACUAAAUGGGGCACAAUUUUUUUCCAAGGUUCUUCUGGGAGGAUGGAAACAAAGCAGCUCAGUCCUGGAAGGGGCAGCUCCAUGUCAGAGCAUUUGCUAGUUUCACAGUAAUUUCUACUCUUAAAUGAGAUAUGAAGUAUUAUCCUUGGUUCAGGUGCCCCGGGCUUUUGAACAGAAGAGUCAAUACAGAAUAGAAAAGAUAAAACUCAACCAAAUGGUUUGAAAAUGGAUUCUGUACUGCAUGUGAAAAGGUUCAACCCAGUACCAUUCUUGAGCUGGGAAAGGGAAAAGAAGGAAAGAAGUGAGCCGAAGAUCAGUACAAUGUAUACUCCUCCCUAUUUGACUUCACACAUACUCAUAACUUUCCACAUGAAACCCUGUGGUACAGUCCAUAUUUUCUAUAUUUUUGUGAAUUUCAAAAAGAAAUCUGCAGGGCUGUUUCUGAUAUUGGGUGAACACUGUGUUUCUGCAUCAUCUGCAUUUGCGCCCGUAAGCAAUGUAGAGGUGUGUAAAGUGCCCUCUGCUGGUCAAGUGGAGAUACUUCAACAAACACUUCAUGCGAAGUUUGGCUGGAACAGUUGACAACAAAGGGCCCCCUACAGACUUAUCCUUCAAAUUUUAGAUAUGAAAUACAUGUCAUAUUUUUGGCCAAAUCAGAAGACAUUCUUCCUGCUUCAAGUCAGCUUCAGAAAUUUUUUAAAGGGACUUUCGCUCUGGAACUCAGAAAAUCAAUUAAGAGCCAUAUUCUUUAAAAAAAAAAAAAAAGGCUAGAUAAUAUAAUAUUAUCGGUAAUAUUUCAGUCCUUUACAAGCCAAAUAAAUGUGUAAACAUUCCUAGUAUUUCAAAGAAGCAAUUAUGUAAAAUUGUUCAAUGUGAUAUAAUAGUAUUCUAAUUGGUUAAAUAGCUUAAUGAUUAGACAAAUUAGUUGAAAAGAUUAGGGGCUACUACACUGCAUAGAUUAUACACGUAUAACCACACAUGUAUGCACACGGAUGUGGGGUACACUGAAUUUCGAAGCCCAAAUGAAUAGAAACAUUUUCUGGCUAGCAGAAAAAGAAACUAUAGUUUAUCUUUCUUGCUUUAUUUGAGAGUCUGCAGUAAAAGGGAUUUUUUUUCAAAUUAUUUUUAUAUUAUUUUAGCUUUAAUUGUGUUGUCAUUCAUGAAACAGAGCUGCUCUGCUUCUCUGUCAGAGAUGACAAACGCUUUCUCAGCAUCUCAUUUAUGUGUGGAAUUUAUUAGAAUACAGUUUUAUUCCAUUCUGUGUGAAUGGUUUGAACAGUGAACAAAGAAUCCGUGCAACCCAAGUCAUGACUGAUAGACUGGGGUGGGGGCUGGGGGUAUGCAGAGAGGGAAGCUGUUACAUCUGUAUUAAAUUAGUGUGAACAGUCUAUGAUGUCUUGACAUUGGUUCAUAGAUAAGAAACAAUUGAUGGAAGAAUGUAUUAUUAUGAGGACAAAAGCUGACAUGAGCUGAAAAGACAGGUCCUGCUAUAACAACUAAUAGAUUCUUAGGAUGCAAAUAAUGUUAUUUUGAGCUUUGAAAGUACAUGAUACUGUGCAAUAAGCUUUUUUUUUUUAUAACAGAAAAUAAGCCGAAUAAUUAAAAUGAGGAAAAGAUCAAAUAACAGCUGACUUGAGUUCAAUUGUAGGACCAGUUAGAGCUCAUCUGGUUGAUUUGACUUAAUUAUUUAAUCCAUUGAUCCUUUAAUACAGGUUAGAAUAAGGAAAUGAGCAUAGACCUUAAGACCCUAAGUGAUUCCCAAGCACUUUCAUUCUGAUACAGGUUCAUACUUGUGUUCUCGUGAAAUAAUUUAGAAUUUUUGUUUACAGGUUGAAUGUCUAAUAAAUAAUAGUUUUUAAAUUAGCUAAAUAUAUCUAAAGGCAUUUUUGAUGUUUAUCAUGGGAGGAGAAAAAACACAUUAAAAAAACAAAAUUCUGGUAUUACAGGUUCAGUACAAUGUUUUUAACAUCUCAGCUUAACUGCUUACUUAUAUCAAGAUAGGAGGCUGGACCACCUAUCCUGGAGGCUUUGCCACCAGGCUAGUCGAUGGCAAAUCUGAAACCUACCAGAGAAUUGACUGCCACAUAGCUAAUCCUGCUGUCAGUUAACAUUCCAGAAAAACUUGGGCAAGCAAGUUUUUAUAGCUGCCCCACUAUGCUGCAAUCGAUUAUCUUUCUACUGAAGAUUUUCCACUGCAUUCCAAUUACAGUAUGGUGAAAACAUUCCUGCAUUGAAAACAAAAACCAAAAAAAAAAAAAAAACCAAAUCAUUUCA